AUGGUGCAGCAGCAUAGGCCGGAUAUAUGUGUGUUGUUUGAGACCCGGCUAUCUGGAAGGAGUCUACAGAAGGCCAGGAGAGCGGUUCCUAGGUCAUGGGGAUUUUAUGCAGUGGAAUCCCAGGGGUUGUCGGAUGGCAUCAUUGUCACUUGGGCGCAAGGUUCUUGCAGGGAGAGGAGGAUAUUGUGGGAGGAGGUGUCUCAGUUGAUUAUUCAGGGGUACCCUAUGAUGGUGGCUGGUGACUUCAACUGUAUUACGGAUCCUCAGGAGAAGAUGGGGGGGAAGCCUUUUUCAUAUGAGAGGAAGGUGAAGGAAUUCCAAGACUUUUUGACAACGAAUGGGCUGAUAGAUCUGGGGUUCAUGGGUUCUAGGUUUACAUGGUGCAACAAUCAGCAGGGCCAGGCUAGAGUAUGGGAGCGACUUGACAGAGCUUGCGCGACCGCCGGGUGGGUUCAGUGCUUUCCGGAUCACCGAGUGAGUCACUUGCCCAGGAUCGCGUCGGAUCAUAGUCCGUUACUGGUGAGUACAGACACUUAUAUUCCAGUUCGGUCCCCCUUUAGAUUUGAGAAAAUAUGGCUUUGUUAUCCGAGAUCAUGGGAGAUGGUGAGGGAGGCAUGGAGUGCACCAGUUAGAGGAGACGCUAUGUAUCGGGUGUUUCGUAGACUGGAGUUGACGAGGAGACGGCUGAGGAGGUGGAACCAUGAGGAGGUGGGAGAUAUUUUCAGGAAGAUUGAGGAGUCUGAGGAGGCUAUUGCUAGACAGCAGGAGACAUUUUGGAGACAGAAAUUGAGGGUACAAUGGAUCGUGGAGGGGGACAGAAAUACUAGUUUUUUCCACCAGGCGACAGUUAUCAGGAGGCACCAGAACAGAAUUAGAGUUGUCAGGGAUGAGGAGGGGCAGUUGUCGGAGGAGCCGGAGGUGAUUCAGAGGGUCUUGGAGAGCUUCUUCAGGGCCAGGUGGAUAGAGCAGCCUACAGGUGGGAGCCUAGCGGACACACUUUCGCCUUUAGUUGGGGUGUCAGAGGGGGAGACAGCAGCACUGAUCAGACCGGUUUCGGAGGAGGAGGUCAGAGAGGCAGUGAGGUCCCUCGCGGGGGACAAGGCUCCAGGGCCGGAUGGAUUCCCACCCUUAUUUUUUCAGAGAUAUUGGAUGAUAGUAGGACGAGAUGUGACGGCGGCUAUACAGCAGUUUUUUCGCACAGCAGAGAUGGCAGCAGAUUGGCAGAGGACUUUUAUCACCUUGAUACCGAAGCGGCAGGAUGCCACGGAGCCGAGUCACUUUCGUCCGAUCAGCCUUUGUACGACCUUGUACAAGGCUACGGCGAAGAUACUCGCCGUCAGAUUGAGGGAUGUUCUUCCCAGGCUUAUUAGCCCGGAGCAAGGGGCUUUUUUGGAGGGGCGGAGUAUAUCUGACAAUGUGCUUAUUGCUCAGGAGUUUAUGUUCGAUCUCGGUAGGGCUCCGGUGAGGAGGAGCUUGAUGGGGAUCAAACUUGAUAUGGAGAGGGCCUAUGAUAGGGUGAGGUGGGAUUUCUUACAGCAGUCCUUGCAGAGGUCGUCACGGCAGACGGCCCGGGUUAUUUGUCAGAUUAUGCGGGAUUACUGUGCAACAUCGGGACAACGGGUCAAUCUGACCAAGUCAGCUAUUACUUUCAGCCCGAAGACCAGAGUGGCGGAGAGACGGUCUAUAGUGGAGAUCCUGGGGGUGGGAGAGCAGGAGGGCAUGAUGACAUAUUUGGGGAUCCCGCUCUCCGGUCAGCGGCUGCGGCGUAGGGACUGUACAUUUCUGGAGUUCAGUAUCAGACGCAGACUAGAGGGAUGGCAGAUGCAUACACUUUCUAUGAUGGGUAGGAUCACUCUGGUUCGAUCAGUUCUUACCUCGGUUCCCAUCUACCUACUUUCCAAUACUCUCAUUCCAGUUACAGUCCUGAGGUCCCUUGAGCAGCUAUUCAGGAACUUCAUUUGGGGGAGGUGCAGUGGCAGAGGGGGAGUCCACUUGAUGGCGUGGGAUGUUGUGUGCCAGCCGAUUAGCCAUGGAGGUCUGGGGGUGCAGUCCCUGGUGGCGAUGCGGGAGGUCCUAGCGGCUAGACAUGCGGUUAGAUUUGUGCUUGAGCCCAAGAUUAUGUGGUCCUCACUGAUGAGGGCCAAGUAUGGUGCCUUGGCUACUGGGGUGCGAGCUGGUCGUCGCCAUUCACCGAUCUGGAGGGAGAUUUGCACUAGAGCAGGGGUGGUGCUUCCAGAGAUUAGAUGGACCAUAGGGGACGGCCGGUCUAUUGAUGUGCUGGAGGAUAGCUGGAUGACCGAGUUGCCGAUUUGUCGCAUGCCGACCAUGGUGGAUUCGUCGAGAUUAGCUGGUUGCAGAGUUAGCGAGCUGUUGACCUCAGAGGGGGGUCGAUGGAGGGAGGAGAUGAUCCGGGAGGUCUUUGGGGAGCAGUUGGCGGAGUCGGUUCUGUCUCUUCCGAUUCCCGGUGGUGGGGGGGCCGAUAGGCUAGUAUGGGUCCCGACGGGACGGACGCAGGUGCGUGCCAGUGAUCUCCGUGCAUUGAUCGGUAGGGAGCCCGCUCGUCAGAUUGAGGGUGGUUGGAUAUGGAGGUUGCAGAUUCACCCGCGAGUGGCGUUAUUCAUCUGGAAGGUGGCCUGGGGCUGCCUUCCUACGAGGAGCUUGUUAGCCCGGCGUGGCAUGGUGGUCUCUCAGUAUUGUGAGGAGUGUGCAGAUAUUGAGGAGACGACUGAGCAUGUUCUUCUGCAGUGCCCCAGAGCCAGAGAGAUAUGGAGGAGGUCACCGGUCCUACUACCCGACUCGAUAGUCUAUGUGCAUGAUAUGAUUCAAAUGCUGAGAGCUUCCACGCAGAGUCCCCGAUCUACAGAGGCAGGGAUUUUGAUAGCAUACUUGUCCUACCAUAUUUGGUUGGACCGGAAUGCCGGCCUAUUUGAGGGGAGCAGGGUGUCCCCGAGGAGGGUGGUGGAUAGAGCAGCGCUAUAUGCGAGGGAGGUCCUAGCGGCUACCGUUCGAUUCUCUUCUAGGAUAGUCAGGGACACCUGGGGUACUCUCCACGCUGCUUCAGCGCCCCGGUUUGCCCUUGUUUCUUGGGUACCCCCACCCCUUGACUAUCUCAAAGUAAAUUUCGACGGCAGUCGGUCAGUGGAUGGUGCAGCUGGAGGGGUUGGAUUUGUGAUUAGGGACCACCUUGGCAGAUUGAUAGCAGCAGGAGGGCGGCGCACGCCAGGACUCACAGUGGUUGGGGCAGAGCUGCAGGCUGCCUGGGAGGGUAUAUCCUAUGCGUGGCAGGUACUUGGUGUGGAGCGGGUCUGCUUUGAGGGAGAUUCAUCUGUGGUUAUCGACUGGCUCCGAGGGGCGGACCGGUUUGGGGAUGGUCACCCCCUCAUUCGGGAGAUCCGUAGGGUGGCGCGGUUGUUGGGCGAUGUUCAGUUAGGACAUGUGUUCAGGGAGACGAACAGGGCUGCAGACUGGGUCGCCUCUUAUGUUGCUCGGCAUUCUGGGGAUUUUACUUGGACGUCUGCUUCUGACGUUCACCCUUAUUUGCAUCUUUUACUUUCCCGCGAUUUAGCAGGUUGUACUCAAGUUAGAGCUAUAUGA